AUGGACAUGAUAGAUUCAGGUGGUAUUAAGCGGAUACGACAGGCUUGCGCUAACUGCAGGCGCAAAAAGACCAAAUGCACAGGAGACCGUCCUAUCUGCUCCCACUGUCGUCGUAAUCAUCUAGCCUGUAUCUACGAACCAUACUCGGCCACUCUGGCGGAAAAUCCCCCUGCGCCUAAUCCGGUCAUAUCACUGCCGCCAGUCGAGAAUAAUAAUAAUAUUGAACUUUUGCAAAGAAUCAGCACAAUCGAGUCAAGGCUUGCGGAGCUCAGCGGAAAGACAACUCAGCAGAAUGUAACGUCUCGUUUUUCACACACACAACGCCACGUACAUUUAUCACCAGAGGUUAAUACCUUGUCACAGCGAGUGCCGUCGCCACCACCUACCUUUCAAGAUCAUGAACUCCUCCCUCCACCACACGUCCUACGCUCAGUAAUCGACACGUACUUUUUACGCGUCCACAACCAACCCUACUCUUAUUUCCAUGAACCCUCUUUUCGCCAGAAGUUAGAAAGCAACUCUUUACCAAAAUGUUUGAUCUUGGCAGUGCUUUCAUCCGCUGUACGAUUCUCGACCCACGAAUUCUACGCGAAUCAGACGCGCGACGCAUCGCAAAAGUACGCGAGAGAGUCAUGGCUGUCAGUUCUAGCAGACCAUUUGACGAUGGAAGACAGUCUGAAUGUUCAUGUGGUACAGACGGUAAACUUGCUUGCAGUGGUUGACUAUACAGCCGGUCGCGCCCGGUCGGGAUGGCUCAAAAUUGGCCUUGCAGCCCGGAUAUCUCAAGACUUGAACCUAAUGUCGGAGCCUGAUCAAUGGCUCUCUUAUUCAGAACAAGAAGAGCAUCGACGGGCCUUUUGGUCAAUUUACCUCCUUGAUAAAUUGAUCUCCUGUGGCCGAUCUCGACCGCUUAUCAUUCUAGAUGAGGAUUGCGAAGUUCAACUUCCAUGCGACGAGCACACUUUUCGACAUGGAGAAAGGAGACAGACGAGUACAAUCGAUCAGUUGUUGAACUGGAACUCGAAGUUUGACGAAAGCCCCAGUCCGUUUUCACUCGUUCUUUUGAUGGCGUCGAUAUUUGGCCGAUGCACACGAUACGUUCACCAGAGUAAGAAUAUGGACGAGAUUCCACCAUGGGAUCCAAAGUCAGAGUUCUCUGCAAUCAAUUCCUCUUUGCUACUCUUAGAAUCAUAUUCUAAGAGUUUAAACUGGCAACUUUCGGAUGUCCUCUACGGAAGCGUUCAGGUAGAUGGAACAGUCAACCGACAGGAGAUAGGCCAGCUUAUAUUUGCCCACACUCUUUUCCACCUGUGUCACUGCCUGCUAAACCAUCCGUUCCUCGUGAGACGAUGGCUCAAACCUUUCGGGGCCAAGGCCCCAGCUAGUUUUUCCUCCCGCGCCCUUCAAGAUGGAUGCGACCAUGCGAAACAGCUUAUGGAUCUCAUAAAGCAGGCUACGGACCAUGGCUGCCUUGUUGAAUCCUCAUUCUAUGCAUAUUGCAUAGCUGUAGCUGGGGGGAUUCACUCUCUAGCCGUACACUUCAAUCGGAACAAGGGCCGCGAGUCGGACAGUUCGCACUACUUGCAACAGAGCCUAGACUCUUUGGAGAGAUUAGCAAAGCCUUGGACCCACGCAGGAAAUAUAGCUAUCUCGCUGCGAGAAUUCCAUUCCAUUUCUCAUGCUUUCGCUGUCCUCCUGGACCCACGUCACUUAAUGGAUGAGUUAGACUUUGGGUCCGAAGAGAUCAUGUGGUCGAUGAUUGAUUAUGCGAUAAUGGGCGCUGAUCCCAGCAAAAAGCAACUCUCACCCAAAUCCGCAGCGAACAUACCGUCUCCCACAUCGUGGGUUCUUGGCGCCGGAAUUCUGGGACAACCGGGAUAUGACAGCCCCAAUGGGAAUAUCUUUGGGGGUCUCACCCCCUCAAUGCGACUUGAGGAAGUCGAACAAUUUCUGAACUGUAGCCCGGGAAUGAGGAACAUUAUCUAA